AUGAAUUUCACUCGUAUACUGUUACCCACGCCAAAUGACGGCUUGAUAGCGGUUGACUGGCACACAAGGCCGGUCCAAAAUCAGCCUGUAAUGCUCAUAAUUCAUGGUCCAGUCGGUGGUUCACACACUCCUUAUAUCCGUUGGAUGACUAAAUACGCUUAUACACGGUUACAUUUGUGCUGUGUCAUCAUGCAUGCUAGAGGAUGUGGUAACUCGCGGCUUGCUUCUCCAAAAAUAUUCAAUGGAGCAUACACAGGAGACAUAAAUGUAACAAUCAAAUAUAUUCAAACGAUUAUUGGUCAACAUACUCCAUUAUUUGCCGUUGGUAAGCUGUUAUCUUGUAUACAAAAAGAAAAACGUUUGUUAUUUUUGCUUUUCCAAGGCUAUUUCUACGGGGCUGGAACAUUAACAAAGUAUCUUGGGGAACAGGGAGAAUACUCUGAUCUAACUGCUACUGUUAGCUGUUCUGCUAGUUAUGAUUAUGUACUAACUGCUAACAGCCUGGAAAAAUGGUUUAAUAUGAUCAUAUAUAAUAAGAGUUUAACUCAAACUCUCAUGACAUAUCUUAAAAGUCAUGAAAAUCAAUUUCAGGAUAUGACGCAUAUCAAUUUGAAAAGUGCCUAUAGAUCGAGAACGAUCAGAGAAUAUGAUAUAGCAACGGCAGUACCACUUUUCGGUUAUAAAAAUGUCCUUGAUUACUACAAAGAAGGCAGUUCGGCUCCGUGGAUUCAACAUAUUCGUGCACCUAUGUUAAUAUUGUCGGCUACUGAUGAUCCAAUUUGUUGCAUUGAAGGACUACCACUAAAAGAUGUGUCCAACAGUGAUCAUGUUAUUGCUGUACUGACAAAAGAAGGCGGGCACGUCGGAUGUCUUCAAGCCUGGUGGCCCAGAAAAUAUAGUUGGGAAAAUAAAGCGAUUGCGGAAUACGUCAUGUCGAUAUUAAAACGAAUACAUUAUGACGAACAUUUUGAUCAAAAUAACGAAGAUGAAACUUUGUGUGCAGACUAUGCCGGAAAUUCUAUAGAUAUAACAAUGGAUCAGCAUCAGUUCUAA